AAAGGAAAACAGUGGGAAAGAAUGCUAGUUGUGUUUUUGUGCCGCGAAAGCAGAAAAGAAAAGGCAAAACUGAAGCUGAGCGGAACAAGCGCGGAGGUGAAUGAACAACACAACAGAUCCAUAACAACACAACCUAUCACUCCGCACUUCAAAUUCUCUUCCCUCUCAAUUUCAACGUUACAACAUUUAUCGCAGUCAACCCCUUCCACUUCCACCCAAUUCCAUUGCCCUCCUUUCUCAUUCUCAAUUCCACCUUCUGCUUUCUCAGAUACCGCUCCUCACAAACCCUAACCUUUCUAGGGUUUCGCAGAACCCCCAAAUUCCCCACCCCGACCGGACAUGCGCGUUCUUCUCCAAUGGCUGUCGUAACCAGCACCGGCAAGCGCCGCCAACACUGGCUCUCCGUCAAUCAAAACAAUCCAUCUCCCGAUACGAAACGACCCAGACUGUCCACAAUGUCGCAGAACCAGACUCGACCCGUGUUAUCCUCGCGUAGCGUGCUCGCAAGAAUUUCUCGGUACCCGGAGGUUAACUCAACUUUGCGCAGGGAGGUUCACGCCCCGUGUAGACCGCGUAAGUUUGACCUUCGCACCUUUUCUAGAACGGAAUUGGGCGUGAGUGCUAGUGGUUAUUCUCACAAAGAGGAGGUUAUUAACGAUGUGGGCUACGUGUUAAGUAAAAAUUACCAGAGGGCGAAGAAUUCUGCGUUGGGUACCAUUAGGUUUGAGGAUAAGGGCAAGGAGGUGAUAGAAUUGGAUACUGAUAGUCCCAAGGGCAUGGUUUCGGAGGAUUCGGGUGUGGAAGUGGUUCGUCCUGUGGAAGAAGAUGGACGAGAAGUGCGCUCUGUGGCGACGGAGCAUAAGUGGCAGGAAGGUGAUUUGGUUGUGACUGAGAUAAAGGAUUUGCGUGCUAAGGAUAUUAUGCAGGGUGGCCCUCAGCAGCAGUCAACUUCAUCUGUGGUUUCUGAGUUGACUAAUGGCAAUUUGAAUGUCGUUGAUGCUUCCAAGAUGUUGGAGACUCUGUCUUUAAGAUCGGAGCUUGAUCUGAGUGUUCAAGUCUACAAGAAGUUGCUCAGGGCUGUUGGGAAGCGAGAUGAUACGCUUAAGAGGCUGUCGUUUCAAAUUCAAAUUAAUGAGACACGUAGGUCCACGUUUGAAUUGUUGCGCCCGAAGAAGGAAGUAGUAGAGGAAGUGCCAGUGGAACCUUUUAUUCCUCUUACUAAGGAAGAAGAAGCUGAGGUUGCACAUGCCUUUUCUUCCAACAGGUGGAAGAUCUUGGUUAACCAUGAGAAAUCUGGCAUUGAGAUUUCAGGGGAAAAGUUUCAGUGCCUUAGGCCGGGUGCAUGGUUAAACGACGAGGUGAUAAAUUUGUACCUUGAGUUGUUGAAAGAGAGGGAGAGAAGAGAGCCGCAGAAGUUUCUGAACUGUCAUUUUUUCAAUACCUUUUUCUACAAAAGGUUAAUAAGUGGCAAAAAUGGUUAUGAUUUCAAAUCUGUGAGGAGAUGGACCAGCCAAAAGAAAUUGGGAUAUGGCCUACAUGAAUGUGAUAAGAUAUUUGUACCUAUCCAUAAAGAGAUCCAUUGGUGCUUGGCUGUUAUCAAUAAGAAAGAAAAGAAAUUUCAGUUUCUGGACUCCCUGAGAGGAACAGAUUCCCAAGUGAUGAAAGUGCUGGCUAGCUAUAUUGUAGAUGAAGUAAAAGACAAGACUGGAAAAGAUAUUGAUGUAAGUUCUUGGAAAAAAGAAUUUGUUGAAGACCUUCCUGAGCAGCAGAACGGGUAUGAUUGUGGGGUGUUUAUGAUCAAAUAUGCUGACUUCUAUAGCAGAAACUUGGGGCUGUGUUUCAACCAGGAACACAUGUCUUACUUCCGGCGCAGAACAGCCAAGGAAAUCUUGAGAUUAAAAGCAGACUAAGACAAAGUAUAUUCAUUUGUAUUUCCAUAUAUUGGAUUUUGGGCAUCAGAAAUUGAAACAAUCAUUAAUGUCAAAUCAGCAGGGUACUUUUUGAUGAAGGAUUCUUCCCUCCCGACUCCUGUGACCAUCUUGAUCAGAACCAUUAAAGAGUUCUGUCAUUUGUUAGAUUGUGGACUGGACCAAUUAUACAUAUCGUUCUGAUACUCAGGUACACCAUGUUGGUAGUGUAGUAUGUAGCAAGUCGUAUAUGCUAUGACGAAGGAAUCGAUACUUGAUGCAUUAGGUUGUGGUUUUAAUUAUGUAAUGAUAAGUGUGCUCCCUCACCAUUUCUGGUGUCUGGUUUUACUAUUUAUUUUUCGUAUAACCAGGAGGUCACUCUCUCUCGAGUGGGCCUAUUUAGGAGUAAAGUGUUCAGUCCUGACUUUAAGCUCAAGUUGAGAAUCAAACUUCAUUCUUUGAUUAAGGAAUACAAGUUGUUAAUAAUUUUGAUGUCUAGUUUAUUUUAACUUGUUUGUGCGGUUGAUGCAGAGCCCCUCAUAUCAGGCAAAUUAAGAGCAGUGAAGAAAAUGGGGCAUUACUUUAUCUUGGUUAACGUACGCUGAUUUUAUAUGUAUCAAUGUUAUGCAGCAUUCAGAGUAUGUCUACAACAGCUAAUUUUAGGAAUUGGAUUAUAUUUAUAAAUAAAUAUUUUUGUCCGAAA